AGUUUUAAAUUGUUGCUUGGAUACAUAUCGAGCGACAAGGAUGUGUUUGGCCACCCUGCUUAUGUCGCCUAUACGAACUUUGAAGUACUAAAGAUAGCAGUUGAGGAUUGGGAAUUGCGUGAUAAGAUUGCAGUAACCGAUUUUCUAUACGGGCGUUACACCGGACUAGAUCCUCUUAUGGAGAUAACUAAAAGGGGGGAUAUUAAGAUGAUGCAAUUUAUACUUGAAAAGCGCGCUAGUGGAAAUCAAACAGAUAG